AUGGAUGGUGACGCUUGCCUCCGGGCUUCGUCUCCAAGAUUCGAGGCGAGCGCCAUUUUUAACAAACAGAUUGAGUGGCACAGCAGCCAGCCCCGCUUUGCUUCACCCGCUGCUGCGUCACUCACUGAAGUCUCUGCGCAGGCGCGCGAUCUCGCCGCACUCUCUUGUGUCCCGCCCUUUCGCGCGUGUACUCCUUCCGCUCGUGGAAGCGCGGCUUCUGUGUACGAACCUGGCUCUCAAAUUCGCGGCGCUGUCGCUUCCGCACUCGCCGCGUCACCAGUUUUUUCGAACGUUGCCGCGGUUUCCCCUUGGUCGGCCCCUCCCCGGCCGCGGACCUCUUUGCGUAGCGCCGCGUGCGCCUCCUCCCAUCCGGCUUCGAGUUCGCGUCUUCCUUCCCCCGCUUUGGCAGCGUCGCAUCGCGCAGCCCUGCUCACUCAGCAUUCUCCAGCCUGUUCUGCUUCAUCUUCUUCCUUCUCCUCGCCCAUCUGCGUCGCCGGCUCGGCGCUCAGAGCGUCAGCGCGCAAGCCGCGUCCUUCCUCCUGCAGGAUGCUCAGCCGCCAAGCUUCCACGGUGGCAUCGACGGCCGUCCUCAACACGCCGGAUCCCUCUCCCGCUGUACACACACCCCCGUCCGCGAUUCGCGGGCGAGAGUGCGACUCAGCGGAGUCGAAACGAGGCCUGUCUCGCGAAACGGCGCCCGCGAUAACGGCAGCGAAGGAACCUGGAGGAGAACCAAGGCCGAAACGAGGGGAGAAAGAGACGAGUUUGGGGGAUGGAGCCGAACCUGCCUCGAAGGAGAGACACGAAAACAACCCACGCGCGAGAAGCGACUUCACGCAGGAAAAAGACGGCGAAGGAGGGGCUAGGCAGUCGCAGCGGGGACGCAACUCGGCAGGUGAAAGGCGCCAGCGAAAAUCAUCGCCAGAUCUCCGCCUCCGCGACGACGCGUACACAAGAGAUCGCUUCCGUGCACAUGCCAACGAAAGAUUACUUCAUGUGAGCUCACGCCCCGCUCUCGAGCCGCGCUCCUGCGAACCCUCCGCGGCGGCAUCGCUUGCUUCUCUUUUUCAGCUACAAAGUGUUGUUUCGCCUCUCUCCAAGCCUGCCCCCGCUCAUCCGCACCCAGACUCCGCUUUCUCGUCGAUGCACUCUUCGUCCCCAGCUGGCCAAGCAGUCUGCCGCUCCGCCUCUUUCUCGCCCUCUCUUCCUCUCUCUCACUCUCCCUCUCCCUCUCUCAGCGCUUCAACGCAGCGUUUCUCGUCUCGCAGCCGCUGCGCGAGUCUUCGGCCGGAAGCUGGCGCCGACGUAAGUACACCUCGUCGCUGCGCAGGGGACGCCGCUGCGGCCCAGCGCCCAAGCCCGCCGGCUAGCCGAAGCGUCACGACAGCGGAAGCGGAAGACAUCGACGAAACGCCAGCCUCCGCGACGAGGUGGAAGUUGAGCGGCUUGACCAACGAGCUUCAUCAGAGUCGCCCUCCCCCCGUGGUGACUCUCCACGCGCGUGGACCGGUUUCAGCGUCACACAACCGAAAACGAAAAGGCGCGCUCGCUGCGCGGAAUGCCUCGACGAGCCUGCCUCGUUCGUCUCCUCAGGGGAAACGGGCUAGCACCCUCAAGCCACACCCGCGGAAUGAGACUCCGCAGACUCCGUCCUCCGCGAUCUCCUGCUCCCUUUCUCUCUCAGAGACGACAUCUGCCGCGCGUCCGCUACGCAUCGACGCUCGAGCUUUAAAGGAAGCGACGCGUCCCCUCGCCGGAAGGGAGUCUGCAGCAUCCGAGACGAAUCUUCACUCUCCCGACUCGCGUGUGAAGCGGCUGGGUUUCCUCUUCUCUGCAUGCCAAACUCCCCGUCCAGCGCGCGCGGCGCCAGGUGACCCGUCUGCGCCUCGUUUUCCUUCCUUACACGACGGGAUCGGGCCCUGCGAUCUCGGCGCUUCGCCUCCCGAACCGUCUCUGCCCCGCUUGCCUGGCAAUUCUGCCAAUGUCUUGCUUUCACGCCGGCCUCUUCCAAACGCGGAGUGUGGCGAGGCUGCGGUGGACGCCGCCGCCACUUCUCUCUCUCUCCUGGCUUCAGUGAGUCCGCGCGAAAUGCCUUCCUUCUUCGCAGCGGCGUUCCCUCGAAUUGCUGGGCGCGCAACCGGCGAAGAAGGCGGAAAAAGGGUGGCGACACCCGCGGGCGACGGUCGCGAUGAAGCGGAGGAAGAAGCAGCGCUCGCCAGCUUUUGCCUCGUUGCCUCUGAAGGAGAGAGAGAUAAGACGCACGCUCUCGAUGCGUUGAACUUUGCGCAUUGCAAGCUGAUGCCCUCUACUUCGCAGGCGGGAGAGGCACAACAGGGAAUGAGCCAGAGGAGAGAAGAAAACGCAACCGACACAAGACGAGAAGGAGGCAACAAAUCCAAAGUCUGCGCCGAGGGAGAAGAGCCCAACCGCGAGAGGUGGAGGGGAGAGGAAAAGCAAGUGCUGCGCCGAGACGAAGGAGAUGUCUGGGAUACGCCAAACGAGAAAAGGUUCGAGCAAGAAAAAGAAAGGACUCGCGCGCGGCGUCACCCUCUGCCGCUUUUGAUCUCGUUGAGUCCGCGCAGCAGAGGGACAGUGAAGAGCGAGAUGCGGAAGUGGCUCAGUGCGAAGCAGAAGCGGCGUGGAGAAGUGCCGCAGCGCGGAAACGCGAAGGCGAACCAGAGUGAAAACGCCGAGCGCAUGCCGGAAGCGGAAGAAGCGCGAAAGCGCGAACUCCUUGAACUCCUUGACGCGGAAACUCGAGACUUCACUAGCAACCAGCUGACGCAGUUUUACAGAGAUAAACUCGCCUCAUUCCGAGAGGAGCGGGAGAGCUGCAUGGAGGAAGUGCGAAAGUGUCGGGUGGUGUACACCGAGGUCCAGUCUCUCCGCGAGAAACUGGUUUCGCAGGAUGCUGAGCUGCAGUUGAAGCGAGAAAAAGCGGCAGAGGCAGAGCGCAUGCUUAUCGAGGGGCGACGACUCAACCUCCAGCUUGCUCGACAGCUCGAUGACUUGAAGAGUAAGCGGAAGGCGCAGCUGCUGGUCAGCGUAGCGGAGCCUGCCGUGGAGGAGGUCCACUUGCGCCCCAACGAGCCUCCGUUGAGGCAUUUCCAUUUUCACACGCCCUCGAGCUCUCUGUCUGAACCUAAAAAACCAACGCGAUCUUCUCCUUCGCUAGAGUCGCCUGCCUCCGGGGACGAAGCGCGAGACGCACCGCGCCGAGGAGGCGAGGCUGAAGAAGCGGCGCCGCCGUCGCGUACGCAGAAGGGAGAGGAAGCCAAGCCGCGGCGGAAUGUGUCUCUUUCGCAGCAGUUGCCGUCGCCUUGCGCUGAGGCGCGUCCUUCAGCGGAGCCAGCUCAAACGACGCGGGCGAUGAGGCAGCGCGUUUUAGGCGGAGGAAGUGCGGCGCGUGCAGAGGAAAUCCGCGGCAGUCUGCGAUGCCCGCACGAGCGAGGGCGAGUCGUGAAGGUGGUGUAUUUGCCGUGCGAGGAAGUCGAGCCCCUCGUCCGCCGAGUCCGCGAUUUGAAGGAGCGGCUGCAGCGACAGAAGGAAAAUGCGUGUGUCUCCUUCGAAGCGGAGACAGCUUGA